CGUUUAGAGGUAAGUUCCGGUAAUUUGUCGGUUAGAGGUUAAAAAUUUUACUGAGCGUUGGGCUGGGAAACGGACUUGGCAUGGGUUUAUUUGAGAGCCAUAGCUUCCGUAAAUUGCCGGAUUGGACAUGGAGGUGUUUGGGACAACAAAGUGAUAAUUUGGGGUGUGUUUUAAGAGCAGCCCGCACUGAUUACAUCUUUCUCCCUUGUGUUCCUUUUAUCCCAGGUUUGAAUUUUCUCGGAGAAAGACAGGCCGGCCACGAGGAAAUAAGAAGCCGCAUCAACAUCUGAACCCUUGAAAGGAUCCUGAGCGGGGGGAAAGGGAAAACAGCAGCCACCAGCCCAACCACUUGUGUCUUCUGCCCCUUCCCGCCUAUCUUGCCCACCCCACCAGCCCACGCUGCUUGGGACUUGAAAUCUGUGGCCGAAGGACCGUCACCACAUAACUUCAAAAAUAAUCAACCACCCUCCCUUCCCAAACCCCCCCAGAAUCACUUAUCCAGCGUUUACUUUUUUGAAUCCACUCAGAACUUUUUCUACGACCCCCCCUCCCUAAAUGGAGUUGGGUGGGGGGGGGAAUGAAUACUGAGUUGGCCUUUGUUUUUUUUUUUAAGAGAUUUUUUCAUCCAAUGAGGCCCCCCAAAUAAGAGUUUUGGGUCCUGGUUGGUGGUUUUAUUUUUUUCUCCAAAAUUUUAAUCCCCUCCCCCCCUGAGCCCGAGGUGCUGACGUCGCAAAAAAAUUGGAUAGUAAGUGUCGAAUUUUCAAAAACGAGCCUUGCAACAAGAAAUCGACGUUUCCCUUUGUGAAACCAAAAAUAAUGAGAGGAAGAAAUGAGACCAUAGAACAAAAUAGCUGGAGAAAGGACCAAGCCGGUCACUUAAUCUCCAUUAAAAGGGGCCUUUGGGUCUAAACAGUCUUAUUCUCUCCCCUACCACUUACCUCUUCCCUGUCCUGCUGCAGGCAAGGAGAGCGUGGAGGGAGGGCCAGCAAGUGAGGAUUUUGAUGGUUAACCCUUCGUAAUCCAGCCAGUUUCUAGACUGCCAAAGCGAUAAGUUUGCUUUUUAUAAGGAGGAAUGGUUACCUUCCUCCCUUGAGCAGCAGUCUUCAAAAGGGUUAAUGAGCUCACAUACAAAAGAUGGUGGAUCUUGUGGCUCAGAAGUCCCACUUCUUUGUGUGUGAGACGAGCAGGGCGCCUUUCAAUUUGCCAGACUAAUAAGCAAUCUGUACAUAAAGAUUGCAGGGUAAGGAGAUGGGCACAGAGCUGGCUAUGAUUUGAGAUUGUUAAAUCCUCUCAAUUUUAAUGUAAUAUGCUUGGGGUAUAUUUGUCUGGUUAAAGGAGGUGGCAAUCUAGGAAUAAAGAUUGCAAGACACUUAAUUCAGGACAAAAUAUCUUAGUGCCAGUACAUACAAGAUAAUAGUUGGGAAAGUAAAUGUUUGUAAUUGUUGCAGAUUGCAUAAGUUAUUUAAAAGCAAAAGGUUAGCAUUUUAAUUUGAUACUUUUUGAUGGGAAUAGAGGGUGGAAAGGUUGGGAAAUGUGGAAUUCAGGAGUAUAAUUUUAAAAGCCAUUUAGUGCAAUUGAAUGCUAGCUUUCUAAAAGAUUUGUGUCGUUAAAAGGAUUCUUUUUUUUCUUCCCUGCUUCAAUAUGGCGACUUGUCCUUUUGUCUUCCAAGCAGUGUUGCAGGUUGUGUCUCCCAUUUUUGUCCUACCUCAAGCCUAUUUGUUGAGAGGGGUCCAAGUCCUCCCCCUUUCCCUUUGUUGGGGGGGGGGGGGCGGUGGUCGAUGGUAGGUUGAACCUCAAUUGCAAAUUCAAUCCCCCGCAGAAAAUUGUUAUUUUUUAUAUUUUAAUUGCUUUAUUUUCACAACGCUCUUAACUCAAAAAAUAGGUCAAAGACUUCUGGAUGGAGGGCUGUUUUUUCUUUUUUUUUAACCAAAAAAAAAACCGUGUUUUUCUAACGUAACUAUCUACCGGCAGGGCUGGAAUCGCUUUUUAAAAUUUUCUUUACAAAAUGGCGUCCCUGCCUCUUUGUUGUUUUUCUUCCCCUUUUGCAAUCCAGAGCCUAGGGCCGCCCUAGAAACUUGGUCAAGGGGGAGGAGCAUCAUUGAAAGGUGAUGUAAUCCACUUUCUUCCUCUCCACCCUCUUGAAACUCCGCCCCUGAGCAUAUGCUUUCUGGACUCCCUGUGCACGCAGCCAGGAAAAGACAUUUUAUUUUCUUUAGAAUAUUAUCUUUUAUAGCCUUUAUCUUAAAAGGAAAACAGCUUACAGAAAUUAGGUCUUAAAGCAGUUCAUCCCUUUGGGCAGCUCUAGUUUUUAACAAUGAGAGCCUGAUGCUUUUAUUUUCACCUUUCACUCAUCACAACUGCUUGGAAGUUUUCCCCAUUUCAGUUGCCAGGGGUAGAAAACCAGUUAAAACAGCUAAAAGACUGGGAGCCUUUUCAGGGGAGUGUGUGUGAGCUUGUGUGUGUGUAUAUAUGUGUGUUGGGCAUACUGGAGAAAGACACAAGGGCUUGUGAAAGUAACUUCAGACAAAUGGGGCCUAAUGACACUGAAAUAUGCCAUUUCUGCUCAGGAACCAGUCCUUGGUCCUGCAUUUGGUCGCUUUGUAUAAUGAGAGUCGGGGAGAGUGGGUACUUGAGGAGUUUCUUCUCAAUCACCUUAUUCCCACCUCGGUUUGGGGUAAACUGCUCAGUGCUGUAUCACGUUCUCCGGUUGCUCAGCUCCUGUACUUUGGUACUGGGAUGAGAAGUGAAUCUUAGGAAAGGAGGCAGCAGUUGUAAACAAGGCAGGGGGAGUCAAGCCACGGUUUCUGGUAAGCAAACAUUUCACAGCCUUCAUUUCUUUUUUCCCAAGAGCCACCUUUUUUGAAUUUUUUUCUUACCAUGUAAAAGAAAUUCCUUAAAAACAAUGGGAAAGUAAUGUCUUCAUCUUUGAACUCGUGCAGUGCUGUAGCAGUUGGUGCAUGUUGGGAAGCCAUGCCCUACCUGAGGGCAGGAUUGGUGUCCUGUCCCUUUCUACUUUUUCAAAGUCAAAUCUUUAUCAGACUCUCCAUAUACUUUACUUUUUUCAAUUCCUGCAUUGAAUCAUGGAGGUUCUAGGCAGAAUUGGAAAGCCGUUUUGUACAACUUCUUGGUGACUUGGGUGAGACUUCAGGGCUAAUUUUCUACUGGGUGUGAAUUCUCAAAUUAUUAAACUGGAUUGGAUGGGAGGGACAUGUCUUCCACAUGUCUAUUGACCACAAGUUUUUUUAUCUUUUAAGCAGUUUGCCAUGUGCCUCUGCAGCAUACCUUCCUUGGGAGCUGGACAUUCUGCCCAGUGGGUUUCCUGAUCUCUAGUGAGCAGGGGAUUAAUAAAAUCUUCAUUAACAUGAGAGAUGGGAAACAAAGUCUUCUAGGGAAACCAGAUCCUUCCAGAGAACCUGAUCCUUGCAGUUUAUGGCCAGAGUUCUGUUCUGGGAUCCUUACCUGUUAGGAUGGGGUGGGUGUGGUGAUUGUACAAAUAAGCUUUUGGGGAGCUCAUGUACCAGGUUUACAAAAUGACUGAGAGGAUUGGGGCUUACUACUUAGAAGAAAGGUACAACCUUGCGAAUCACCUGAGACAUACUUCAGUCCACUGUUGAGUCAUGCUAGGAAAUGCCUCAAACACUGAAGAAAGGAAGGGGAAUGUAAGGGGUUAGGCACAAAGCAAUUUCAUUUCCAGAAAUGCUGAAGCCUCUAAGUUAAGGUAAACUUAGACGAGUACUGUGAUUGUUUUAAAAAGGACUCUGACUUGCAUAGAAGUUUAUCCCAAACUAAUCCAGUUCUGUUCAUUGGUGAUGGGUAUGGAAUAACUUUAGCCAAGCUAAAUAUUUUUCACUCUAUUUUAUUAACCCUCGAGUAUAAUUCAUUUUGGAGGCAGCAGUUGAUGUCAUUUCUGGACUUUUUAAUUGUAUCUCUAGUAAGAACAGUAUCAAACUUCCCAGUGCCUGUGUCAGUGGUGGAGGUCUCUGCCUGCGACAUCCAGGAGGAAAGCAACAGCGAAGGACGAGGUGGAGACAGGCCGGGGCUUGCUUCGCAGCCCACCCCGCUUCUGUAUGUCCUUCAGGGAAAUUAAAAUGUAUCAUGUGCUGGAUUAUUUUUGGUUCCAGAAAGCUUCCUCAGGCUUCCAUUGCAGGCUCCAAGUUCUGACUGGGUAAUGUUAUGGGGCUUGGUCACUGCUCUUCCUCUGGUCGGCUCAUUUGCCUUUUCUGCUCUAGGCCUGUGCCAGGAAUUUAGGCUCUUUAUUCAUUCCCACUUGAGUGCCUUGGAACUUCUUUCCAAAUGUACUGACUUCAAAAGACACUUGGGGUUCUUAAUUUUAGAUGGGUGAAAGCUAGUUUUCCACUAGGAAAGCCAUCAUGAGAAAAACUCACCUUUUAAUCACAAGAUUGGUGCUUGUGAGACAAAAUUUAGUCUUGUUCAUUGUAUUUCCAAAAUAUAAUGGGGGGAAUGAAUAUCUAACAUUUCUUCUGCUUUGUCUCUUAGUUUCUCUUGACUAGUUAUUCUUGCUUGAUACGAAUGCGAAUGAAAAAGUCCCUGGGUCCUGUUCCCAGCAGAAGGCACGAAACAGAGAAACCUCGAUCAUGGGUUCAGGUCCCAUAGACCCCAAAGAGCUGCUCAAGGGCCUGGAUAGCUUCCUUAACCGAGAUGGGGAAGUCAAGAGUGUGGAUGGGAUUUCCAAGAUCUUCAGUCUGAUGAAGGAAGCACGGAAGAUGGUGAGUCGAUGCACCUACUUGAACAUUCUCCUGCAGACCCGGUCACCAGAAGUAUUGGUCAAGUUUAUUGACGUUGGUGGCUACAAGCUUCUUAACAAUUGGUUGACAUAUUCAAAGACAACCAACAACAUUCCUCUGUUGCAGCAAAUUCUGUUGACCCUGCAGCACCUACCACUCACCGUGGACCAUCUCAAGCAGAACAACACAGCCAAACUGGUGAAGCAGCUGAGCAAAUCGAGUGAGGAUGAAGAGCUCCGGAAAUUGGCCUCAGUCCUCGUUAGUGACUGGAUGGCUGUCAUCCGUUCCCAGAGUAGCACCCAGCCAGCUGAGAAAGAUAAGAAAAAACGGAAAGAAGAGGGAAAGGGUCGAACUACCCCUCCUGAGCGACCUUUAACUGAGGUGAAGGCUGAGCCCCGGGCCGAGGAGGCCCCAGAAAAGAAGAAGGAGAAGCCCAAGUCUCUUCGAACCACAGCGCCCAGUCAUGCCAAGUUCCGCUCCACAGGAUUGGAGCUGGAGACCCCGUCUUUGGUGCCUGUGAAGAAGAACGCCAGCGCAGUGCUGGUUUCUGACAAAUACAACCUGAAGCCCAUCCCGCUCAAGCGUCAGAGCUCAGCAGCUGCCCCAGGAGACCCUGCACCCCAUGCAGAGAAGAAGUACAAGCCACUCAACACCACACCCAAUGCUACCAAGGAGAUCAAAGUGAAGAUCAUCCCGCCACAGCCUAUGGAGGGCCUAGGCUUCCUGGACGCGCUCAAUUCAGCCCCUGUUCCAGGCAUCAAAAUUAAGAAGAAGAAAAAAGUGCUGUCGCCUACAGCUGCCAAGCCAAGCCCAUUUGAAGGGAAAACAGGCACAGAACCAAGCACAGCCAAACCUUCUUCCCCAGAGCCAGCACCUCCUGAGGCUAUGGACACAGACCGCCCCGGGACCCCGGUUCCCCCUGUGGAAGUCCCAGAGCUCCUGGAGACAGCUGCUUUGGAGCCAGGAGCUCUGGAUGCGAAGCCAGUGGAGAGUCCUGGCGACCCCAGCCAGCUGACCCGGAAAGGCCGGAAGAGGAAAACCGUGACGUGGCCUGAGGAGGGCAGGCUGAGGGAGUAUUUCUAUUUUGAACUGGAUGAAACUGAAAGAGUAAAUGUGAAUAAGAUCAAGGACUUUGGCGAGGCUGCGAAGCGAGAGAUACUGUCAGAUCGACAUGCAUUUGAAACGGCCCGGCGCCUGAGCCAUGACAACAUGGAAGAGAAGGUGCCAUGGGUGUGCCCCCGGCCCCUGGUUCUGCCCUCACCUCUUGUCACCCCUGGAAGCAACAGCCAGGAACGGUACAUCCAGGCUGAGCGGGAGAAAGGGAUCCUUCAGGAGCUGUUCCUGAACAAGGAAAGCCCUCACGAGCCUGACCCCGAGCCCUACGAGCCUGUGCCCCCGAAGCUCAUCCCCCUAGACGAGGAGUGUUCCAUGGAUGAGACCCCGUAUGUUGAGACUCUGGAGCCUGGGGAGGCCGGUGGCUCACCUGACGGGGCAGGUGGCUCCAAGCUGCCCCCCGUUCUGGCCAACCUCAUGGGGAGCAUGGGUGCUGGGAAGAGCCCCCAGGGUCCUGGAGGAGGCGGGAUCAACGUCCAGGAGAUCCUCACCUCUAUCAUGGGCAGCCCAAAUAGUCACCCCUCAGAGGAGCUGCUGAAGCAACCGGACUACUCGGACAAGAUCAAGCAGAUGCUGGUGCCUCAUGGACUCUUAGGCCCUGGUCCAAUAGCCAAUGGUUUCCCUCAAGGAGGCCCCGGGGGCCCCAAAGGAAUGCAGCACUUCCCCCCUGGCCCUGGGGGACCUGUGCCAGGUCCCCAUGGAGGCCCUGGGGGCCCAGGUGGGCCAGUGGGUCCACGUCUCUUGGGUCCUCCACCCCCUCCCCGGGGAGGUGAUCCCUUCUGGGAUGGCCCUGGUGACCCCAUGAGAGGUGGCCCAAUGCGGGGGGGUCCAGGACCUGGACCAUACCAUAGAGGUCGUGGUGGCCGUGGAGGAAAUGAGCCUCCUCCUCCUCCUCCAUUUCGAGGGGCCAGAGGAGGUCGCUCUGGAGGAGGACCCCCAAAUGGACGAGGGGGCCCUGGUGGGGGCAUGAUUGGAGGCGGUGGACAUCGUCCCCACGAAGGCCCUGGUGGUGGCAUGGGCAGUGGCAGUAGUCAUCGUCCUCAUGAAGGUCCUGGAGGGAGCAUGGGUGGAAAUGGGGGACAUCGGCCCCAUGAAGGUCCUGGACAUGGGGGACCCCAUGGCCACCGGCCUCAUGAUGUCCCUGGUCACCGAGGCCAUGACCAUCGAGGGCCACCUCCUCAUGAGCACCGAGGCCAUGAUGGCCCUGGCCACGGAGGAGGGGGCCACCGAGGGCACGAUGGAGGCCACAGCCAUGGAGGAGACAUGUCAAACCGCCCCGUUUGCCGACACUUUAUGAUGAAGGGCAACUGCCGCUAUGAGAACAGCUGUGCCUUCUACCACCCAGGGGUCAAUGGGCCCCCCCUGCCCUAAGGCCCUGCCUGCCCUCCCCACACUGUUAUGGCUUCUGUGAGGCCCAUUUGUCCCGUCCCCAGCUGAGGAGGAGCCGGCCCUCAGUCCCCACCUGCUCAUGUUCCGGGGUUUUCUGAUCACUGGUGCGCACUGAUAUCAACUCCCCUGGUCUGGGAGGAGGACUGGACACACUGUGCCCUGACUACUCACGAGGAGACUCGCUGGCUUCACUUUGCGAGGAGGUUGCCCUGGAACCCCAGCCCCUUUCCAGUAUCACCUUUAAAGCCAAGACUGGUUGUCCUGGAGAGCCUGGGUCCUCGGGUCCUCCCCGUGCAGAGCUGACUCUGGGAUCUGCUGCACUUAUGAAACCAUCCCAGCCAAGUCCACUGUUCCUCGUGGGGUGGGGAAGACAGUAAAGGGGUAUCGGAUACCCCACUGCACUGAGAGGGCUCCCCACUCCUCCCCUGACACAGGCUGGACACAUUCUGAGUCCUUUCUCAAGUGAAGCUGCAGCCUCCUGAGAGCACUGGUCUGCAUCCUGGCUCCAGGCUGUGAUGCGAGCUCAUGGUGGCGUCCAGUGCCGGUUCAGCUGGUGCUGGGGGUCUGUCUUGCGUAUGUAGCUCAUGCUGGAAACACUUCAGUGAGACCAGCUUUUCAUGAACUGAAGCCUGGUAUGCUGGGCCCAACAGUCACACUACAUGCACCUUGGAAGUUGGCACACUUCCUGUCCCCACCUGGGACCUUGCUGGACUGAGGCCACCUGAGUCCCUGCCAGGCGCCUGACUGGGUACACUCAACACAACUGGCCCUUGCCUAGCCUUCUUCCCGUCUCAGCAUCAGUUGUUUUCUGUGAAAACAGUGGACUGGUUGGGUUUUGUGCAGGAUCUUGGGUUAGAGCCACAAUGGAUUUAAGGAUGAGUAUUUUUUUCUUUUGGUUUUGUAUAUUUUGUACAUUAAUAAUAAACAGUGGAAAGAGAGGCAGCUUAUUUAA